CCAGCCAUAGUCUACCCAAUAAAUGACAUGUGAUGGCGCUGCCCAUCGACUAAAUAGUUAUGACAGAGAUACGACUGUGUCAGAGGUGUCAUAACUCCUUAGUCAGGAUGUUGUCGUUGAUCUUGGCAAAGAGGGCUUGGUGAAACACGUAGCGGACAAGUUGUUCACUAACGCUGAUUUAGUCAAGAAGUUAGACUUAUGACGGUUUGUAGGAACGGGCCCCUGUCUGCAAUGCAUUUCUUCUGUACUACCGUCUUAUUAGUCGCCAAAGGAGCAAGAUCAAGUUCAGUCCGCCUGUCUGCUUUUCAAGACUGGCUGGUUAUUAUCUGUUAAAAGGAAAGGAGGUCACAAGAUCUAUAGGUGGAUGUUAAUUCAGUACCAGUACCACUAUACAUGUGGAUCUUUAUGCUGAUGAAAACUUUGGAGGAAAAAUAGACAAAUAACCUUGGAGAAGAUGAGGUUCACUGGUGCCCCAGCUGUCGUUUGGAUAUUUCUAUUUGUAAUAACACACAGAGUACACUGCAAGACAACACUGGGUGUUUUCAAUUCUCUGCAAGCUGCAAAGGCCAAAGGACUCUUCGUUACAGAAUUCUGUUUCACAGAUACCACAGGAGGACUGAAUUACACCUUGAAUGCCACAACUCCAGGAGGCAAACUUUAUUUCUACUCAAAGCAGAGCUGGGCUGAAGCAGAAAGCAACACAGAUUGUGCACAUAAGUUUAUCAAGGCUGAAUAUAGUGUCAAUCUGGUCCAAAAAGGAGGAAAUCACACUACACUGCAGCUGAAACACGCAGGUCGCUGGCGAGUGAUGUAUGGAGACUCGUAUACCUGUAGUCCUGUUUUACCACAAGAGAAUCCAGUCUAUAUCAGUUAUGAUAUUCGUCUGUUUAACUUGGAUUCAUUUGGCAAGCCGCUCAGUCAUUUUGAAUGCCAGGACAAAGGUCUGCUGACAUACUAUGAGCUUCUAACAUUUGUGUAUUUUGUCCUGGGUUGUAUCUGUUCUCCUAAAGUAUAUGAAACACUCAAGAAAGGAGGGCCAAUGCACGAGGUUAUGAGCAUGCUGGCCUCAGUACUGUCCUUCCAGGCUCUUGGUGCUUUCUCCAUGUUACUCAAUCUCUACAGAUACUCCCAAGAUGGUUCAGGAUCUUCUCUUAUGGAAAAUCUAGCGGAAUUGUUAGACAUCGUAGCUCAGUUUAUGAUGCUGUAUAUGAUGGUCAGUCUGUCAUUGGGAUGGACAUUGACUUCAACCAAGACACAACUCAAUGCUCAUGUAUGGAAGACAUCUUUAUUAGCCAAGAUAGCAGCAGGUAUAACUGCUUUACAGUGCUUUUCUAUCUUACUGGAGCAGUUUCUCUUUACCCAACACUCUGCAUACCACAGUCAUCAGAGUGUGUUGGGUGUAGUGACCAUGUUGGGCCGGGUUUGUUUGGCCCUCAUCUUUGCUCAUAACCUCCAUCAAGUAGUAUCCAAGGAGAAGAGUAUAGUCAGAAGAGAAUUCUACACUAACUUUGCCAAGAUGUCCUUUAUAUGGUUCUUUGCAUAUCCAGUUUUAGUCUUUAUUUCAUUGCUGUUCUCACAUUACAUCAGAAAACGGUUUUUAAUCAUGACUAUAACGUCUGUGCAAGCAACCAUCGUAGUGCUACUCUAUCGUCUCUUCCUCUCCCGAAGUCUUUACUGGGAAAUCUCAUCGUUAUCUUCAUCAUCAUCCUUACCCCUACGACUAGAGAAGAACUUCAGUAUGAAAAAUUAUUCAUCAUGACAUAAAGCAUCCAAAAGAUUAGAAUCAUUAGAUAGAUAAACAUGUACUCCUAUUUCUCUUGAUCAUGUAUUAUUAUGAAUCCUUAUAUAAAUGGAAACAUUUUAUUGAGCAUGAGGUUUCUUGUACCCUUCAAAUGUAAGACUGCAAGUGUUUUUUUUUUUAAAUCCAUAUAUUGUAGCAAAAUACAAUUCUAUGCUUUCUCCCUCAUUUUGUGGAACUAGGGUUUACGUUUGAUUCCAGCUUGUUAGGUAUUGUGCGAAAGCCCUAAAUAUUUAUUUUUGGGGAAAAAUAAUGGUUUAUGAUAAAGUUGGGUAUUUUAGUAUGUCAUUGCACUGUAUUAAAGAGAAAGUGUCUUUUCAGAAUUCACGAUUUUCAAGGUGUUCAUAUAUGCACUGAGGAAAGGUUGAAAUAUAAGGAAAAUCCCUGAUUGGGGUGUGAAUAUAUCUUAAAUGUUCAUAUAUAUAUAUGUAAAUAGAAUAAAACUGUAAUACAUGUAAUAGUUUUUGUAGAAAAUAAAGAGUAUUUAUCACAUCGUAUCUUGUUUUUUCUCCCAGGCAUUACUCUUGAUCCAUGUAUUGAUGUGUGCAGCUAACUAGCUAAGACAUUGCAAGGAAGCAUGGACACUCAAUAUAAUGAAUCUAUUAUCCACGAUCUAUCUUGCAAAAGUAUUUGUUUUAUCAACUGCCUGUCCAUGUUUAAAACUAUAUUGAUGGUCUUCAAUAUCUUUUCAGCAAUUUUGAUGCUUUCUCUAACCAUUUUUAUUUUUUUGCAUACCGGUAUUACAUUGUGGUAGAAAUGUGUGCUUUAAAUUUAUGUUUUUAAAUCAUUAUACAUUUUUGUCUUUAUAUCCUUGUGUUUGUAGAUCUAUAAAUGUAUUAUUAGAUUCCUGAUGUUACUGUAGUAAACAAUUAAUAGUUACUUGCAUCCUUUUAAGUCUCAAUAGAAUAGUGAUUAGUUGACGUAUUAUUUUUCCUUAAAUCUUGGAAAUACAUGUAUAGUAUGCUAAGAAUAAGAGUGGCAUCUUUUAUGUGCCAGGAUAUUGUCAGAAUGUUUUUAAUUACUUUUCUGUUCAUGGGUUGAAAAUCUCAUCCAAGAAAGGAAACUUUCUGUUAUACCAAGUCAUAUUAAAAGCUAAAAUUAAAGAUGAAAUCCAGCAGUGAAAGUUUGAGCAAAUUCUGAUUAAAAAUAAGUAAGUUAUGAUCUUUUGUAGUUGCGAUCAAUCAAACACACAAUGGCAACUCUGUGACAUAUUUUGCGAGCUCUCUCUCGUUUGCUCCGUACAUAAAAUGUCAUAAAACUUUCAUUUUUUUAGAGAGAAAAGAGAAACAAAUAGAUCAAUGUACAUCCAUCUACAGAUGUUAACAAAGAAUACUAAAUGCAGUUGCCAUUUUUUGCAAUUUUAUUUUUCUCACAACUCUACGACUCAACCGGCCGGCUGGGAGUGAGUUCUAGUUUGUUUUGUUUUGUUUUGUUUGUCUGUUUUUUUUUUUGAGGGGGGGGGGGGGGGGGGGGGGAGGUAAUGAGCUCUAGAUUUUGUUUUACUCUACACCCCCCCCCCCUUUUUUUUCUUAAAGCUUAAAUUAACGUUACUAUCUAUCAAUAACAUAACAUAUUACAUACAUGAAGAAUAGAACAAUAGAAGAAAAAUAACUAAAAAUAAAGGACAUAUCUGUUUCUCAGUUCAGUAAUGUAUUUGUUUCCUGUGAAAGAAAAUUGACUUCCUACAUUUUUUGCGUGGAUAGAGCAAAGCAUAGUAAACGAAAAAGGGGGACCAGCACAAUUAUUUUGUGUGAAUAGAGUUCUUUUGUAUUUGAAUUAACCUUUAGUGCCAGGUGAUUUAUAGUAAUUAAAGGCAAAUCCAACCUUGUUUGCAAACUAGUCUAGAUGAAAGCAAAAACAUCAGAGAAGUAGACUGGUGAAAGUUGAAUCUACUGACCAAACUGGCAAUUUGAUAUUUGUAUAGACUUGGUGAUCUCAUAUUUUGAACAUUCAACACUUUGUUAUUAUUGUUGCAAUAUAUUUCAAACUUUCGCCAUUUUGUUCUCUGAUUUUCUGCUUUCGUACAAAUGAACUUAUUACAACGGUUGGGUUGCCUUUAAAGAGCAAUCUUUCUUAACAAAACAUGCAAAAUGCUAUGAAGACACUUAUAAGAAUUUAGCAGUAAAACUACACACAUAUAUAGCUUUUUUUAUAAAACUUUAUUUAUAAUUAUAUAUCUUUAUUUAGUUAAUCAGGGUCAAAUGUAGGAUCAAUACUAAUUAUCUUGGUGGGGGGGGGGGGGGGGUUAUAUCCCCCAUUACCCCUUUAAGGACCAUUACUUAAAUGUGAACUUCUGUGGGUAUUAUAGUUAUGAGCUAGUACAGGUUAAUUGUAAUUUAAAUGGUAGCUUCCAAAAACGUACAUGUAGAAAUGUGUGUAGUAUGCUCUCAAGUACUCAUGAGCGAAUACAUGCUGGCUGUAUAUUAGAAAUGUACAAUGUAUUUAAAACAUUUGACUGCAGAAAUGUAAAUAAAAUAAUAAUUUGUAUAGAAAUGUUGUCUUCCAUGUAUUUGCCAAA